AGAACUGUUCAAAGCUGACUGAUAUCAAAGGGCCUCUGGGUCUUUGUAGUGCAGUGUCUGCAACAAGUGACAUUUUGGGCUCAAAACCGUUUAUAACUUUAAACGCUUGCUGUGGGCCGAACCUCCCCUCAACCCAGCGGGUAUGGAGGGGACAGAUCAGGACAGGAGUUACAGAGGGAAACAGAGACAGAGGGAGUAGAUGAAAGUUAGUAUCCUCACACUUUAUGUUCUGCAGUUUGCUGCAGGCCAGCAACAGGAGGAUGCUUCAUCCAAAAGAAACCUUUUAAAGGACUAGAUUAAAUACUGGAAUAAAAAUGCAAAUUUUUCUUUGCAACACAUCUGAAUAAACUCAAGAUGGCUGACUUCUUCUUGUUUGUAGAAGAGGAAUAGGUAAAUAUGCACUGCAGAGGGAACGUCAAGGCCAUGGGGGACCCCCUGUCAGACUGCAGCCCCCUCAUCAGCGCAGCAUGCUUGGGUAAGCUUCGCCUGGUCCGCCUACUGGUGGAAGGUGGGGCUCAGGUGAACGGGCGCAACCAGAGAGGAGAGACUGCUCUGCUGGCUGCCUGUAAGGCCCUGAGAGGGGAGCCUACUGGGCCUGAGACGGGGAAACUCCUCACAUACCUGCUCCGGAACAAGGCAGAUCCAAACGCACAGGACCGGGCUGGACGCACUGCUCUGAUGUACGCCUGUAUAGAGCGGGCAGGAGCUCAGGUGGCGUCCACCCUGGUGGCUGCAGGAGCCGAACCCAGCAUGGAGGACUACUCCGGAGCCUCAGCACUGGUGUACGCCAUCAAUGCACAGCACCAGCCGACACUGAAGGUGUUGAUGGAUGCCUGCCGGGCCAGGGGUCGAGACAUCAUCAUCAUCGCCACGGAGAUGGGUAUGAAUGGAGGCCCGGUGACCAGGCGCUACCUGAAUGUUCCUCCAUCUCCUGACACCUCACCAGUGUCCUGCAUGUCCCCGUCCGACAUCGUCCUCAAGACGGGGUCACCCAACUCACCCGAGGGAGAAAACAUCUUCAACUUCAGAGGGACUAGCAAGAGAGGAAGCAGCGGUGGCAGCAGCAGCAGACAUCCCUCCUGCGAGCUGAGUCCGUUGAGCCAGUGUAGCACUCCACCACCAAGACAGAGAAUGUUAUCUGAACCGUGGCUGGCCAUUCACAACCUGGCCUGUCUGAACCAGGCUUACGAGGAGGGCAUGAGGGAGAGGACCCUGCGGGAGGAGGGAGACAGAGAGGAUUCAAGAGGGGGGAGGGAAGACGAGGAAGGAGAGGAUGAGAAGCCACAUUUUCAUCAGUCCAGGAUGGAACAGGGGACGGAGCGCUUGGUACAAAGGAGGGAUAACAGAUGUGGACGAGAGAAUUACAGCAGCUGCCAUGGGGAUUUUCUUCCGAGGGUUUCCCAGUCAGUCUUCUCCCUCACAGAGAUGAGCUCGUCUCAGGCAACCCCAAGAAGCCUGGUCCCUACAAGGUGUUUGACGUCUGGAGCUUCAACGUUGGACAAAAUGACCCAAAAAAGUGACAAGCUUCCUGCCUGUCUGUCUCCUCACUCCCAACUCCGCAGAAACACCCUCCCCUCUGUCAUGGUGGUUCCUCCUGUGCUUCACCUCCCUCCCUUAGUCAACCAAUCAGACUCCCACCUCCAGGUUCCACCUUCCAAAAGCAGGAGCGUGGUGUUUCUGCCUCACCCGCCCAGCUCUUCUUCAUCCAGAGCACCUGCGAGACCAGCAUUACUCCCUCCGCUGCCACUCGCCUCCUCCGUCACCUCCCUAGUUGCUCCUCCUGCUUCCGGUUGCAGUGAGAGGAGCAGAAGGCCGCUGCGUCGCCACUCGGUACAGCUUGAACAGAUGGGAGGAGGAGGAGGAGGAGGAGGAGGAGAAACCAUUUAGGCCUGUGAGACUGAGCACGUUCAUCCCUCCAUAAUGUGGUUGUCUGACAUGCAAAAGAAUAAAGUUCAAGCAGCAGCCUGAAUAUGGGACUGGAGUUGGGAUAACAUCCGGUUGAAUACUCACUCAACCUUUACAAACUGCACAUUGUUUGAAAGCACAAAGCCUCAGAACUCCAACUGCGUAAAUCAUUUAAAAUCCCAGUAUCGCUGCACUAACAGUUGCUUGUUUUGUAACAAGUGCAAAACACCAGUGAAAUAUAAAGAAUAAAAUGAAACAAACAUUUUGCCGUGUUUGCCUCUGUAUAUUUGGGUCAGUAUUACAUUUUGAUAGUAAACUCUGAACCUUACAGAAGAGACAAGGAUCAUGAAUAGAUUAGUUGAUUAUUUAGUUUAUCGACAGAAUUAAUCAGCAACAUUUAUGAUGAUAAAAAAAUUGAUUUAAAAAAAAAACAAAAACAACUGUUUCCAGGUUCUCAAAUGUGAAUAUCUGCUGGUUUUCCUUUGUCGUCUAUGAUGGAAAACUGAUUCUUUGGUUUUAGAUGGUUUUUACCAUGUUAACUUGGGAUCUCUGAACUCAUGAUGGGCAUUUUAUUUUGCUAUUUUCUGACAUUUGAUUAUUCGAUUAGUCAGAAAAAUAAAUCAGUAGAUUAAUUGAUGAUGAAAAUAAUGUUAGUUGCUUCCCUAAUGGGGACUGUAUUCAAAAGGACUCAACAGUAAUAUUAGGUAUGUCUACUUUGUGCUUAGGCACAAGAAUGGGGUGAAGAGGUUCACCUGCGUUAAAAUAUUUUAAUGUCACAGCAUUUCUUUUAUACAGCAGAUAUUUUAUUCCGAUUCCCCACCACCCAUAAUGUUAUGGCAGCAAACAUAUUCUUACGUAAUAACAGCAACCCCCCCGUGACUCUUUACAGCCAAGCUAUGCCUGCAGACCCCUCCUCACAGCUUUCAUAUCCCAAUGAGCUAAGAGCUAAAUUAUGUUUAAAGAUUGUUUUUAAGAGUGAAAGGAGUGCAUGUUCAUGGCAAAAGGAGUGAAGUCAUUUUAUUUGUUUUUAAUAUGUAUCUACAACAAGGGGGACACAGGCAUAAACGACUGACAACUUGAUGAAAAUUAACAUAACGGGAAAAAAAAAUUACAUUUAUUAUCAAUGCAGUUUUCCCACCUUUUUUCCCAAUAAGCAACAUUUUUUUGUCUAAAGAAACUUUACAAUAUAAAGAAACAUACGAAGAAGGAACCUCUUAUUUUACUACACGAGACAUUUAGGAUCUGAAACUACCCUAACAUGAGAUACAAAGCAACUCCCCAAGGACAGACUGCCUCAUAUUCAAUACUGCUUUGUCAUCAAGAGGAAAAAUGAGGAACUGAACAGAAAAAUCUUUACUCCCCUCAAAAAAAUUCCUCUCUUAACCCUCCCUAACCCCUGAAUGUUACAGUAUUAUACAUCAGCACAAUAGAAAUACAGAAAUGAUCAACGUUGUGACGGCUUUACUUACAGGACAAAAGAUAGAGAGAAGUACGACUGCAUUUUAUACAACAGUAUUUCAAAGUACGUACAGGGGAGGAAACGCCUGUUCCCGCACUCUCUCUACCUCUUCUUAGCAAGAAGAACAAAUCUGUUCGUUAUUUUUUUCUCUUUACUUUCCCAAAACAUUUCUCCCGCCCCAUUUUAAAUAGAUUAAAAAAAAUCCUUCAUAGUAAAGUCUGUACUCUGGUCCCUGGUGUGUUGGAUUGAGAGACAGUGUCCUGUGUGCCCUACUUUCGGUUUGAGUUGUGUUAAGAGGGUAGAAGCCGAAAUGCAGUGUGUCGAAGGCAGACGCAGAAGGGACAAGUUUUAUUUUGAAAAACUGGCCUCUUUCGCUCUGUUCUUGCAAAUUCCCUGUCAGAAAUCGUGAAAAAUAUGCCUGUUUUUAUGGCCACCUCACUCAAAAUUUUGCAAAAACAGAGGCUUUUGGACAAGAAUCAUGUUUAAUUUAAGAUUUUUUUAAGGAAAUGUGUGUGACAGUGAGUUAGCUAAAGAGUUCAAACACUUCAGAAUUUUCCUCCCUCAUCCUCUCAGACCCCUUGACGCGACAGCUCUGAUGCACAGUAAAGCCCCACGUUUGUCUGUGAUGAGAAGAAAUAGCAUAAUAGUCUAUAGCAGCUCCAGUUUCUGUUUCUCAUCAUUCAUAUCAUUUCUGAGUAAAAGACACACCAUCUCUGAACAAAUACACACAGUUGCCCUGAAUCAGCACAUCUCUGAUCAACUGUUGUUGUGAUUUGAAAAUAUCAAAACAUGUCAAUGAUAUCAAAAUGCAUUUUACAGUAUUUACAAAAAAUUAAACUCAAAAGAUGGAGAGUUGUACAAAAAAAAAAAAAUCAGAGAGGGAUGGUGUGUGACUGUAUGUUGAUGCUGGCCUGUUGGAAAGGUGAGAAAAGGGGAAAAGGAUGGAGGUCUUUUUCUUCAAGAUGAGCAAAGGGAGGGAGGCCACUUGUUACAGUCAACAGAGCAACGCCGUGCAGCUUCCUGACCUGCUUUGCUCCGACAUAAAAAAGAUCAGCAGAGAGCCAGAAGUCUUUUCACCAGAAGCAACCGUAAGGAGGGAGCACUGCAUGUACGACAACAAAAUGUCUGCAAGCUAAACUGACUGGUGUGUAAAAGCAAAUUUCCAUAAAGCACCUACAUAUAUCACAGUGUGUUGAGGACUUCUCAGCAAAACAAUCCAAGUGUUCACUACAGGUCAGCAGAGACGAUAACGCAGCCUACGUACAUGUUGGAGUGAACAGUAACCUAAGUGGGCAGCAUUAGCGGAAGCAGCAUGAGUGGGGUCAAAAUGGUCGAUACUUUUUUGAAAACUUCAGCAUCUUUAGGGCUCGGCCAGAGGGGUCUUAUGAUGUCAGACGGAGAGUAGGAGACGCUGCUGCUGACUGGAUCUGCAUAUUUACACAGUUGCUACUAGUUCUGCAGUUAACAAAACAAAACAGGGACAACACUUUAAAAUUAACAAAUUUAAAGUACAUAAAUAAAUAGAGCUGUGCAUUUCACUGCAUGGAAGCUACUAAAGCAGGAGCCGCUUCUUCUUCUGGGUUGGAUUAUUGAACAUGAAGUUAAAAAUUUAAGAUGGUUGCUAAAACUCUGAGAAAGAUAAAAAAUAAAAUAAAAAGGGCCAAUCAGUACCGUGAUGGAUAGAAUCUUACCUGCAGGGGGCAGUGUGCCCUCAUGGAGCCGCAUAUUACACAGCAAAUUAUUUCUGAUUUGUGUGCACAUAUGCUGUCUUCAUCAUAAUAAUGUGCC